AUGCGGCCAAUGAAUUUUAACGAACAUAAAGUGCACCAUUUGUUCAAAGGAUUUGAUGGCCACGAAUUUGAUUUUGAUAACGAGGAAGGCGGCGGACGUCUUCGUGGUACCGACGACGAUAAAUUCAAGGCUUUCAUGGAGGCAAGUAAAUGUACAAAUGUUCGAGAGAUUGCAGAAAAAGUUGGUUUAAUCAUCUCAGCUGUUUAG